AUGGAGGAGGCGAAGAACAUGGCGCUGCUCUUCUUCAUGGAUCAUCUGAUGCAGAAGAACGGCCGGCGGACGAUCCACGACCUCAGCUGCCAGUUCGGAGCACGUGGCUUCAGCGAGGAGAUGCGCAAUGCGGUCGGAACCACGCAGGAGGGUUUGACCGAGUUUCUGCAGGUUUGUCCCCAGAAAAAUACCUCAAAACUUGAAUUCUCUACGAAAAAUCCCCGUCGAAAACCUUUUUUUCACAAGUUUUUGUGCACAAAACAAACGAAAGAACUGUGCGGUAGAGCGCAUUUUCUUCAUUUCACACUGAAAUUUGAAACGACUACUUAGUAAAGAGGGGUUAAAAAAGAGAUAAAGUAAUGAAGCUGAAACCGUAACCGUUCUAUUUCCAGGGCCAUCCGUCUCUCUUCACAGUCGAAGGCGACCAAGUGAUUCUGAACGGUCACAACGAUCUGAACGCCAAAAACAACCCGCUGCUGCAGUCGGGAAUCCGCAAUCGGAACUACGAAAAGGAGGCGGUCGACUUUUUCGUGACGAAACUCACCAAAUUCGGACCGGAACUGCAGAUCAAAUCCCUAUUGGGACACCGUUCCCAAGCGGCGCCCGAAGUGCGUCUCGUCUCUGGACGACACCUCAAAGAGUUCUGCGAGUUUCUGCAGUCGCAGGUCGACUACUUUGUCGUCGAAGGGGACCGUGUGCGGCUGAAGAACAUGCCCGAGCCGGACGAGAACUCGAUCGAGAUGGACGACGAGGGAAGGCCGCUGGCGGGAGUGAAGGCCAAGCAGGCGGCCGUCGAGUACCUGAAAUCCGUGCUGGAACAGAAUGAGGACCAGCCGAUCCCUCUGGAUAUGUUCUAUCAGAACUUCUGCCAACGCUUCUCGCACACGAUCCGACAGGACGUCGCCACGAAUCCGAAGGAGCUGCUGCAGUUCCUGAAGCUCAAUCGGGGACUCUUCUUCAUCCGAUCCAACAAGGUCUCGCUCGUGAAGAACCGUCCGAACGAGGAGGGAUCGGAGAACGGAUCGGACGAGGGCGACGAGACGAACAACAACGGAAUGUUCCCGCUGGAUCAGAGCGCCCUCACCCGCAUCCAUUUCGUGAAGGCGUUGAAGCCAGCUCAGGAUCUGAUCAGCCGGCUGUGGCAGGACAUUAAUAACAUGGACAAGAAGGUGGUCGGGCUCGAUCUGAAGACGGUCACCGUCGGAGUCGACGGAGAGAUCUUCCUUUCGCUCGGAGUCAUCGCCACCACUUCCCAAGUCGGAAUCUUCGAUCUCGCUUCCAGUGAUGUCAUUAUUCUCGAGAGUGGAUUCAAGGGGAUUCUGGAGAGCGAGAAGGUGGUGAAAGUGAUCCACGACGCGAGGAGAGUCGCCUCACUGCUGGCGCACAAGUACGCGGUGCACAUGAGAAAUGUUUUCGACACACAGGUACUGUUUCACUUUUCACCCUUCACCAUCCGACUAUUGUUGUCUUCGUCAGGUCGCCCACUCGCUCCUCCAACACGACAAAUUCGGAAAGUCGCUCCACGAGAUGCGUCCGAUCUCCUUCAUCAACCUGCAACGUGUCUACUAUCCACAAUCCAUUAUGCUCAGCGAUGUGACGCCACGCAAAAUGAGCCAGUCUCCCAAGUGAGUGUUUUGUUGAGACUUGAAAAAUUCAGGAUGAGCGUACUGUCAAAGAAGUUCCUCCCGAAACAUUUUGACAGUUUCAUGAAACCGUCUUCAUUUUUAUUUGCAGCUGGGGCGUGCGCCCGAUCACCGAAGAGUUCCAGCUGACGAUCGUGGAAGAGGCGCACUGUCUUCUUUCGGCCCUCUAUCAAGCGUUGUCCAAUCUGAUUCCGGUGCAUUUACGCGGUCUUUUCGAAGACAAAUGCAUCGAGGUAAACCAUCCAGAGGUUCGGUUUUGUUCUUUUUGUUUCAUUUUCUGUUUCAGCACUUUCAGCACUUUCAGUUCGAAUGCGAAUCACUUAUGAGUUUCUGAGCAUGAAGUAUUAUAGGGGCACCACCGCACAGAAAUGGCGCUCUGUUGAGAAACUCUUUUUGCAGUGCAAAUUGAGCGACCUCGGGGCCGAGUUUGCAAAGUUAGGCCACGUUUUCAGUGGAAAAUUACUUCGCGGCCCGGAAAUUCGGCCCAGAUUGCGAACAGCGUGCCCCAAUAAUAAAUACAUUGGACUGAAUACGUUUUCGUUUACUUUUCACUCAUCUACCUUCUGAAACUGUAAUAGUUUUGCGCAUUCUUCUAUUCGAAACGGUCAUGUAUCGCCUAUAGAAAUCGCUCAGUUCCUCCCAACUUAACCGUCCUCUUCCAGGUGCUGCUGGCCUCUCCGAACCGUCCGCCGCCGCAACCGUUCGCUUCCUCUCCGUACCGCGCAUCGACCCGUCGCGGCCCGGACCCCCGCAACGGCGGAUCAAUAAUGCAAUCGUUCGCGCCUGCUCCGUUCGCCGCCGCCCCGCGCCCGCAAAUGUCCGACGCGUGCACGCAAACGUUCUCGACGGGCGACAUCGAAGUGCUCAACGUAUUCUACGAGUAA